CUUAUGGCAUCUUUUAUUUUAGUUUCUGAUGUGAAACAUUUCAAAUCUAUGUGGAAAAUUAAGGUGAGCAUCAUGUGUCUCUGGAAAAAAUAUUCCGCUGCUGCUGGUCUCACCAUUGAAAUGGUCUUAAUCGAUUCAAAUGAUCAUAAAAUCCAUGCUACAGUGAAGAAGGAGAAUGCUAAUCAAUUUGACCCGUUCUUCCUGCAAGGUGGUUCGAGUAUACUCAUCAACUUCACUGUGAAUCACUCAUUGGGAUCACAGCGAACAACCACUAAUUACCAUGAAAUUCUUGAUGGUUCCUUGGAUCAGAACUACCUGAUUGGUAGUGAUGAUCAUCAUCCUAUUGGGUUAUGGGGUUCGUUUCCAACGAUAGUUAAUGACACUAUUCAAGCUCGAGGACAACAAUCAUUGGUCAUUGUACUGAAGUUUGCGAAGAUAAAUUUUUUGGAAAGGUACACAAAUUUCUAUAAAUAA